CCUUAUUGUUUAUGGUGGGCGGAACUUUAACGCUGACAGCUACACAACAGAUCGUACUGACGUCACAUUUUAAACAAUCAUGCCAAGUCAGACCUGAACAAGACUUUAAGUAUGCCCUCUGCACGUGUACAGAAGUGAAUCAUGGAAAACUCGGGCAGGCCUUAUCGGGGUAGGCAGAGUGGCUGGGAGAGGGGCUCAGCAGACAGAGCAGAAAGCUGGAGGAUUCAGGACCAGGGGAGAGGACAGAACUUCAGACCAGAGGGAGGUCAGCAGGGCAAGAAAAACCAGGGCGGGCCAUGCCGCGCCAGCCCCAGGAAGGGACCACUGGGGCCCCUGAGCCACUCCCUUGGUGGAUUUAGAGGUGGUCACAGCCCCUCGCAGAAAGAUGACCUCCGGUGGUUCUCAGGUCCUGAGGAUUAUGGUGGAAGUCGAGAAGAUAACUUGAGAGAGCCCUGGAGGAGGAGUACCCAGGGAGAGGGUCCAAAGGAGGACAGGGAGCAGGGGAGGAGAGAGACCAUUGAUGGCAGUGCUCACAAAUCAGGGAAAAGACAGAGAAGCAGAAACAAGAAGAAAGCUUUUGCUGAAGAGAACAGGGGCCUUGUAAAUGAAGAACCCAUCCUCUCAGCCAAAGAGCUGCAUAGCCUUCAGCAGGCAGAGAGGCGUCUUAACAGAGAUGAGAUCUACUCCCUGAAGAAGAAGUCUCACAGCAACCCUGGCACACUUUACACCUGUGUUCUGUGUGAUGUUCUCCUGGAAUCUGUCAUUGAUGCUUACAGGCAUAUCAGAGACAGACGGCACAAGAAAAGGGCCAGGGAGAGGCAAGAGCAGGUGAUGCUGACUGAGAUUCUGCCUCCAGGUGCGGAGCAGAUCAGUGUAGUGAGUGCUGCACUACAGGCUGUUGUACAGGAACAUGGGAUGAAUGAUGAGGAUGUUGGGAGGAGACAGUCUGUAGUCUCCAUCAUGCAAGACCUUCUCCUAUCCGUCCUGCCUAAGAUCAGGCUGAGGUUAUAUGGAUCAUCUUGCACUAAGUUUGGAUUUAAGGAUUCUGAUGUCAACAUUGACAUUCAGUAUCCACCUCACAUGCAUCAGCCAGACGUCUUGCUGUUGGUCAAGGAGACCCUCCUUGUGAGCCCUCUUUUCAUUGAUCUGGAAGCUGAUUUUCAUGCCAGGGUGCCAGUGGUCAUCUGCAAAGAGAAAAAGAGUGGCCUGAUCUGCAAAGUGAGUGCAGGCAAUGAAAACGCAUUCCAAACCACCACCUAUCUUUCUGCUCUCGCCAGUCGGGAGCAUCUCCUCCUCCCACUGGUUUUGGGCCUCAGACGCUGGGCCCAGAUCUGUGAGAUCGACCGUGCAGAGGAAGGUGGGCUGCCACCGUAUGUCUUCGCCCUCAUGGUUAUUUACUUCUUACAGCAGCGCAAAGAGCCCAUCUUGCCUGCAUACCUGAACUCAGAGAUUAAGGUGUUUUCACUCAGCAGGUUGUCAGACUUCAAUUUCACACAUAUAGAUGAUGGAUAUAUACACUGGACGUACACCCCUUCAUCCAAAGAAUCAUCACAGCCAGCAGAGGGCUCCUUUAUAAAGGGAAAGGUUCCACUGGUGUUUCAAAGCCCGAACCCACCUGUGGAAAUUGGGCUUCUCUGGGUUGAAAUGCUUCGUUUCUACUCAUUGGAGAUUAACAUGGCUGACAAUGUAAUCAGCGUGCGGACCAGUGCUGUCCUCUCCCGGGAGAUGAAAGACUGGCCAAAAAAGCGCAUUGCUAUAGAGGACCCAUUUGCUGCGAAGAGAAAUGUGGCUCGGACUGUGAACAGCCAACAAAUGUAUGAAUACAUCCUCCACUGCCUCAAAACCACGUUCAAGUACUUUGCACUGCCACUCAACAUGCCAGCUGCUAAUCGCAAAACAAAGGCACAGAAAGGACCUGUUCGAGGGGCAAACGCUGAGGCUUUGAAUAAAGAGAUUGGAUGUCUAUCAGAUUUCAGUCAGCUCAGCAUUCAGUCACAACAUGCAAGUCAACCUAAAUCUGUAGAAUAUGGUCCUGAAGACUCUGAUUGCAUUAUUGAGGAAGAGGAGGAAGUUGAAGAAUACAGUGACUCAGAUGAAGGGAGAGAGAAGGAAAAAGUGGACCUGGGCAAAAGCAGUCUGUCAGAGGAUGAGGAAGAGCAGGAUGAGCAUGUUGAUGAUGCAGAUACACUUAACAGACACCAUUUGGACAGCUUCACCACAGAGGAUGAGGAGAUUUUCCCAGUGGAUGAGAUCUCAGGAGAGGACCUUUUGUCUGAUGAGGAGGGUCCAGAUUUGGACACACCUGGUUCAGUGGAUGAGGAAGAGGAGGAAGAGGUGGAGUUGGCACCUGUAAGUCUAUCAUCUUCGCUUUUAGAGGACACAACUAAAGAUGAGAGCUCAGAAAGUAAAAUCCAGAAACGGAGCAGACUGUGUUAUGAGUUCACAAGGCAAGCUUUCACCAGAGGAAAGGCACACAUGGUCGUGUGCAGCUUGUGCAAGCGUGAUGGACAUCUGAAAAAAGACUGCCCAGAAGAUUUUAAGAAGGUGCAGCUGGAUCCUUUGCCUCCAAUAACACCAGAGUUUCUCACUAUUCUUAACAAAGUCUGUGAGCAGUGCUACACUGACUUUGCCCCAGAUGAAUUGGAAUUGGGUGUUAGAGAGCACAUCCUUCGAGACCUGGAGACCUUUGUCCGACGACAGUUUGCUGGAGCUCAGCUACAGCUGUUUGGAUCAUCCAAAAAUGGGUUUGGAUUCAGACAGAGUGACCUAGACAUCUGUAUGGUGUUGGAGGGGCAGGAGACCAUAGAUGAUGUUAACUGCAUCAGUAUCAUUGAAAGUCUGGCAAGGCUGCUAAAGAAACACCCAGGUCUGAAGAACAUCCUGCCCAUCACUACAGCAAAAGUACCCAUUGUGAAGUUCUACCAUGUUCGCACCAGCCUGGAAGGAGACAUCAGCCUCUACAACACACUGGCGCUGCACAACACACACCUGCUAGCGUCAUAUGCUGCCAUUGAUUGGAGAGUGAAGGUCCUCUGUUAUGUCAUGAAGGUUUUUGCCAAGAUGUGUGACAUUGGUGACGCUUCACGUGGCAGCCUGUCAUCCUAUGCCUACACACUCAUGGUGCUGUUCUUCCUUCAGCAGAGAAACCCGCCAGUUAUUCCUGUGCUGCAAGAGAUUUAUGAUGGAAAGAAGAAGCCAGAGGUGCUAGUUGAUGGCUGGAACGUGUACUACUUCGAUGAUUUAAAAUCAUUACCCAGCCGUUGGCCACACUAUGGGAGGAACACUGAGACAGUGGGUGAGCUGUGGCUUGGGCUGCUUCGCUUUUACACCGAGGAUUUUGAUUUUAGAGAGCAUGUCGUCUGUAUCCGACAGCAAGCCCGCCUCACCACCUUCAACAAGCAGUGGACGUCCAAAUACAUUGUCAUUGAAGAUCCAUUUGACCUGAAUCAUAACCUGGGCGCUGGUCUGUCCAGGAAAAUGACUAACUUCAUAAUGAAGGCUUUCAUCAAUGGCAGAAGAGUAUUUGGCACACCAGUCAGAGCUUUUCCUGCUGUGUACCCCAGUCAGAUGGAGUUUUUCUUUGAUCCUGAAGUUCUUACUGAGGGAGAAGUGGCUCCCAAUGAUCGCUGCUGUCGCAUCUGUGGCAAGAUUGGUCAUUUCAUGAAGGACUGCCCCAUGCGUAAGAAGUCUAAGCACAGAAGGGACUCGGAGAUGAGGCCAGAGCACCUGAGAGACAAAAUGGAAACGGCAGAGGAUGUCAAGGAUCAGGUCAGACACAAAAGUGAGCGCUGGAGGAAAAGAGAUGCACUGGAGAUGCGCUGCUGUUACCUGUGUGGAUCAAGUGCCCACAUCAAGAAGGACUGUCAGCUGUACAGAAGCCCUGCAGGAAAUGUGAAGAUGGAAGGCUUUUCUUCCCCCUCUUCAGCCCACUUGAGAAAUUUGCGAGAAAAGGAGAAACAGGGUUUGCCUAUACAAGAAGAGAAGAAGAAGAGAAAACAAAAUGUGAUAUUAAGUCCACAAGCAGGUAGUUUAACCUGCCGAAAUUUGAGUCGCUGUGGUAACAGGAAGAGCCCAGUGGAAUGAGCAGCAGCUGUGGCUACACAAAUCAUGGGGUUCCACUCUUGUCUGAGCAGACACCAACCCAAAGUCCAGAAACCAUCAAUUAUGAAUGGGACAGUCGGGCCAAUGGGAGCCCGUUAAAAGCCAAAGCCAAGACGCCUUGACUUGAAGCCAAAUAGGGUCUUUUUAUGUGUUUGGUCCACCCCCCACCCCCCCAAAACUUUCUCUUCAGAGGAGCUUUUUAAAGCUUUUAUUUUAACAAGAUAAGCCAUUAUGCAUGCACUUCAUGUCUUUGUUUACCUACACAGUUAAGUUUUUAAAUUCAUUUGUUACAUUUCAAACAUUGUGGCAGAUUUCUGAAAGUUCUUAAAUUUGAAAGUAUAAGUAAUUAUAGUGUCUGUAAAUAAACCUGUCCUCAGUGUUGUGAGACUUAGUGUUUGUGAAUACUGCUACUGCUGUAAGACAAAUGAAAAUGGUAAUGGUAUAAUCUGUUCUCUGCUUCUGAAGUAACUUGAGGUCAGAUAAGAGUCUAAGAUCAAGUUGUUUUCAAUUCAGCCAAAAAGUCACUGAUCAGCUCACUUAGUUCUUAUGCUUUUUAAUUGAGGGUUUUGUUUCCUGUGAUUUAAUCAAAUAAAAUUACAAUCUAGGUUGUAAGUUGAAUGACAGUGUUCCUUUUGUAAUGGCCCUUUUUUUUAAUGGAAUUUCUUUUAAAUCCUGUCAAAUUUAUCUUCUAUACUGGUGUACAUCAAUCAGUGUUUCUAUCAGUCUCGAAAGCAGCUCUACCUACAAUAUCUCUGUUUUGUGUCUAUGUAAACCACCUUGUAGCUUUCCAGGAUCAUUGUAUUAUUUUUAAGACUGCUGACUAACCCUUAUUUUGAAACUGCAAACUUCCCUUCAGCUGCCUUUACUUCCUUUGCUAAAUCUGACCCGUGUCUCCACACAUGGUGGGAAUAGUGCAGAAAAAUAGUUUCAUGCUUACACUCACUGGUUGAGGUUUACAACAACCCGUUCAGCUGAUGGAUGUAGUAGGCUACAAACGCAGCUCCUAAAUUAAUGUAAUUGCAGUUAGUUCAAGGAGGAGCAAAAUAUGUUUAAUUGCUACAAAGGCUUCAUUUUGUUAUGGUGCACAGACUUUUAAGUCAAAAUUAUGAAACAAGAUGAGAGGUUAAGUUUGUUAAUAAGAAACCCUGGAUCUUGCCAGGAAAUGCUGGCUAGUGAUCCAUUUUGUGUGUCCGAGAAUUAAACAGAUCAAAUCCCUGUUUGGAA